AUGUCGGAUUCAUCAUCCAGGUCCGCAAACGACGACCCGACGCCGAAGAAGCGUCUCAAACUCAAGAAGAUGCAGCGAGAUGCAACGAACCAGACCCUCGACCAGCUUGACGGAUUCUCUCCACCAACUUCGAUGACUUUCGAGAGACAAAUCGCAAACGCAUACUAUUACCAUCUUCAUCCGCCUCUGGUCAAUCCCGUCGACGAAGAUCAACAGUCUCUACCGGAGCUACUUCGUGGUUAUCCUCAAUCCAGCCCAUCUCGGCAUUCCCACUUCCUUCGAAAGGAUCCCACGGUCGAAGAACAUUGCGCUGAAUCGACCGGGUAUAUCCCUUUUGGAAUGGCUGCUUCUCCCCCGCUAUCGCCAACCGGAUGGGAGCCACCGCCUCCGCCAGACACAAAUCACUACGACCGGAAUCAAAAGGCGGAAGAGAUUGAGGAGAGCAAGCAAAGGAUGAAGAAUCAACGGAGGCAGGGCGGCGACUAA